GGGCAGCAGCAACGCCGGGUUCGGGUGUACAGCUGGACGCGAUGGCCGUGUGGGCCGAGCGGCUAACUGGCGUGCGAGGAGUGCUGCUUGACAUCUCUGGCGUGCUGUAUGACAGCGGCGCAGGCGGCGGAGCCGCUAUUGCAGGCUCUGUGGAGGCGGUGGCGAGACUGAAACGGUCCCCGCUGAAAGUAAGAUUCUGUACCAAUGAGUCCCAGAAAUCCCGGAGAGAGCUGGUGGGGAUACUUCAGCGGCUGGGGUUUGACAUCUCAGAAGGAGAAGUGACUGCCCCUGCACCAGCCACCUGCCAGAUCCUGAAGGAGCGAGGCCUGCGUCCACACUUGCUCAUCCAUGAAGGAGUCCGCUCAGAAUUUGAUGACAUUGAUAUGUCCAACCCAAACUGUGUGGUGAUUGCGGACGCUGGGGAAGCCUUUUCCUAUCAGAACAUGAACCGAGCCUUCCAAGUGCUAAUGGAGCUGAAAGACCCCGUGCUCAUAUCCCUGGGAAAAGGACGCUAUUACAAGGAGACCUCUGGCCUGAUGCUGGAUGUUGGAGGCUACAUGAAGGCACUCGAGUAUGCCUGUGGUAUCAAGGCUGAAGUGGUGGGGAAACCCUCCCCUGAGUUCUUCAAGUCUGCACUACAAGCCAUAGGAGUGGAAGCCCACCAGGCCAUCAUGAUUGGCGAUGACAUCGUGGGUGACGUUGGCGGUGCCCAGCAGUGUGGGAUGAGAGCCCUGCAGGUGCGGACCGGGAAGUUCAGGCCUGCUGAUGAGCAUCAUCCAGAAGUGAAGGCAGAUGGGUACGUGGACAACCUUGCGGAGGCCGUGGACCUGCUGCUGAAGCACAUGGACAAGUGACCGGCCUUCAGAGACAGUGGACAAGGGCAUCCCCCUGCUCCCAUACUCCCAUCACUGCGCCCUCUUCCCGCAUACUUCCAGGCCCCAUGCUACCCAAGGCUUUGCUAUCCCUGCCCUCUGCCCACUGCCAGUUUGGGCAGGUACUGGAAGUUCUAGGAUGCUUGUCCCUGGGCCAGAGCCAGCCAUCCCCUUCCUCAACCUCCCUCUACUGACUCCCUGUCAACAUUCCCCCCUCCCUAGUGUCUGGUCAGAGUUUUGUUCCCUUUCCUGGCCUAUGCCAUGUUUCCCACAGUGACAUCCAGGAGGGUGGAAGAGACCUGUCAGGCCUCCAGAAAAUGAAACCCUCAGGCUGGCAGGUCCCUCUGAGACUGUCUGAGUCCCUGAACCCCUUUAGUCACCUUUGGCACUUGGUCCUUUAAUUGACCACCCAAUUGGAUGAGACAUGCUGCCUCCUCAUUGAACUCUCUGAUGUGAGAGGAGUCCACAGAAAGCCCAGGGCUGAGCCAGCCUGCCUACCACCCACAGCCCUAGCUGGCCCCAGUGACUGGUCAGCACUCUUCCCCCUAUCCCUGUCCGAGGAAACAAUCCCAGCUCACUGUUCUUCCUGUCCCCAUGAGUUACCCAGACACAGGCUGGGGCAGCUCUCAUGAAACUGAAGACGACCCUCCUACAGAGCAGAAAUGUCCACCUCUACAGUCAAGGCUGCAAGUACAGAAAGUACCUUAGAGUCGGGAUGGGCAGACUUGAAUGUGCCGUUUCCAGUACACAGAACAAGCUGAUGGCUCAAUAAACUUGACAUCAAUAGCC